UUCACCCGAUUGCCACACUCCACUGCCGUGGCUCUCCACCCACCACAGGUCCGCAGCUACUAAGCGCAAAAACGAGUACGACAACAGUCCACUUCUUCAAACACUCUUCUAAUGUCUGCCUCUUAUUUCCUUUCUUCUCCUAUUCUCAAUUUAAUCACAACAAUUAGGCUAAAUAAAUUAAGAUUUUAAAACGGAAUGGCUGCUGUAGCUGCUUUCGCGUCGUCUCCGGCGACGGUUACUUGCUAUCUGCGCGAGUCUCGGAAGUCCAAAACGGCGACGAGUAAGGGGAUUCGUCAAGAAGUGCGGGUUAUAGGGAAUUUCAGUCACUUUGGAGAUGCGGUCCGGAAGGAUUUUGAGUUCUUGAAGGAGGGAAUCGGUAGAGGAAUUGGUUGGGCAAAUGAAACAUUCCGGAUUCCGCAGGUUUUUAAGACAUUAGAUGAUGUUUUUUGGCUAAAGAAUCUUGAGGAUCCUCAAGCUCCUCCGCUGGAGCCUCAGUCUUGGCCUCAACCUUCAUAUCCAGGACUUUCUGGAGUAGAUUUAUUCAUGGCUGAUCUCAAAGCUUUGGAAGCAUAUGCUAGUUAUUUCUACUAUGUAUCUAAGAUUUGGUCCAAGCCGCUUCCUGAAGUCUACAAUCCCCAAGAUGUUACUGACUAUUUCAGUUGCAGGCCUCAUGUAGUGGCCCUUCGACUUCUUGAGGUGUUUUCAGCCUUUGCUUCUGCCACAAUCAAAAUUCGGACCUCCGGGAUCAAAAAGUUUCUAAGAACAAGUUCAGAUAAGGAUAUAAAUGGAAACAUCUCACAGUAUGAUUUUGGUCUGGUCUUAAAAGAAGCAAUGCUAAGCCUGGGUCCCACUUUUAUCAAAGUUGGUCAGUCCCUGUCCACAAGACCAGACAUAAUUGGUACUGAAAUUUCCAAGGCACUUUCUGAGCUGCAUGAUCAAAUCCCUCCUUUUCCUAGGACCAUGGCUAUGAAAAUCAUUGAGGAAGAGUUAGGUUCUCCAGUUGAAUCCUUCUUUAGCUACAUCUCUGAGGAACCUGUAGCUGCAGCAUCAUUUGGUCAGGUGUAUUAUGGCAAUACUCUUGAUGGUUGUAAUGUUGCUGUUAAAGUUCAGCGUCCUAAUCUGCGCCAUGUUGUAGUUCGAGAUAUCUAUAUACUUCGUGUUGGGCUGGGACUGUUGCAAAAGAUAGCAAAGAGAAAAAGUGACCUUCGCCUCUAUGCCGAUGAGCUUGGGAAAGGUUUAGUUGGGGAAUUGGAUUACUGUCUAGAGGCUGCCAAUGCCUCCAAGUUUCUGGAUGCUCAUUCAUCCUUUAAGUUUAUGCACAUUCCAAAAGUAUAUCAUCAUUUAAGUCGAAAGAGAGUUCUGACAAUGGAGUGGGUGGUUGGUGAGAAUCCAACUGAUUUACUCUCUCUAUCUACUUGUGAUACUAUUGAUCAUGAUUCUGCAUAUUCGGAAAGGCAUAAAAUUGAAGCAAAAAGGAGACUUCUUGAGCUGGUUAGCAAAGGAGUGGAAUCAGCACUAGUUCAGCUUCUUGAAACAGGCUUAUUGCAUGCUGAUCCCCAUCCAGGAAACUUGCGUUACACAUCAUCAGGAAAAAUAGGGUUCCUGGAUUUUGGUUUACUCUGCCAAAUGGAAAAGAAGCAUCAGUUUGCUAUGCUUGCAUCCAUAGUGCACAUAGUAAAUGGGGAUUGGGCAUCUCUUGUCCGUUCUCUUACUGAGAUGGAUGUCAUAAGGCCAGGGACUAACAUUUGGCGAGUUACAAUGGAACUGGAAGAUUCCUUGGGGGAGGUGGAAUUUAGGGAUGGAAUUCCUGAUGUCAAGUUCACUAAGGUUCUGAGCAAAAUAUGGUCUAUAGCCCUCAAAUAUCACUUCCGCAUGCCGCCAUACUACACACUUGUUCUACGAUCUCUUGCAUCCCUGGAAGGUCUGGCGAUGGCUGCAGAUCCGAACUUUAAGACAUUUGAAGCUGCAUACCCAUAUGUUGUCAGAAAACUACUCACUGAAAAUUCAGCUGAAACAAGGAAAAUUUUACAUUCGGUGGUUUUAAAUAGAAGGAAAGAAUUCCGGUGGGACAGGCUUGCCCUUUUAUUGAAAGUAGGAUCAACUAGUAAAGUUUUGAAUAGAGAAGCAGCAUCAAAGCAUGAAAAUUCCCUUGAUUAUUUAACAAAUAGGUCAUUCUCUGGUGUUUUUGAUGUUGCACACUUGGUCUUGAUGCUUUUACCGGCCAGAGAUGGUGUUGUUCUUAGGAAGCUUCUAAUGACUGCAGAUGGAGCUUCGUUAGUCCGAGCAUUGGUUUCCAAGGAGGCAGUUUUCUUUAGACAGCAACUUUGCAGGACCAUUGCUGACCUAUUAUAUCAAUGGACAGUUCAAACUCUUGGACUAGGCAUUACAGCAACUCAGUAUUGCUCCCAACUAAGAUCGACUAGUGAGUUUGACAACAGAGAGCUAGGUCUACCUUCCCCACUGUCCAUGCCCCUACACGAGUAUCAGUCCAUCUUCAAAGACCGGCGGCUCAAAGUGAUCUUUUCCAGGAUAAUAGAUUCUGCAAGGAAAGAUACAGUGCUGAUGCUAAAAUUCUGCUGGACUUCUUUUAUUAUGGUUGUAGCAGCUUCAGCACUGGCUUUUCAUCGAGUUUUGGUCUCUUUGUCUGAAGUCUACAUCAGUCGUCUGUCACUUGCUUCCAAGAGAGUGGCAAUCGGUGCAUGAAAUCUGUAUUUGACCCUGGAGAAACCUCUCUGAAGAAAGAUUAGAUGCAAAUACCCACCUUGACUGUAAUAUUCUGCAGUGGAGAAGAUUAAAGACCUUGGGAUAGUGUACUAAUAUGGAAAUUUCAUAUUUACAACUCGAGUCAGAUUAGAUCGCAUCAGGACUGGACUCUAUCUACCAAGGUUUUACUCCAGCACCUCUAUGACGAGUUUCACAUAUAUGCAUUUCAAAAUUCUUUACAAAGAGCAAUGCGAUAAAUCAAGGAUCUGCGGCAGAGCUUUGGGAAGGUAUAUAUAGAAAUGUAAAAAAUGGAACCUAUUUUUGUUCGAAUUAAGUCAAGGCCUUUUUAACUUAUAAUUCUGAUAUGGUGCAAGAGGCCAGGAGAUUAUAAAUGCCUGUGACUUGGUCUCACCAUCACUGGGUCUCUUGUUAGCUGUAAAUUUUGAGCACUGUAGAAAAAUUAACAGAUUAUUUUGAGUCGCCAUCUUAGCACUCCGAUGUAAUGAAUAAUCACAUAGCAUAAAAUUGAUAAUGAAAUUACUUGUUUCUUAGACA